AUGAGGAAGAGGCCCCUCUCCCAUUUUGAGCUGCCCAACGACAAGUGGAAAUUAGUAGACGACAGCCUGCUGUAUCGAAUCGUCCAAGACGCGGAAGACAAAGCCUACAAGAAGGUUUUCUCGUUCGACCUGGAUAACACCCUGAUCCUGUCUCGCUCCUUCUUCAAGCCGGCGCAAAACGAGCACGACUACAUUUUCUACGCAGACGUAAUCGAUUUUUUAAAAAAAAAAAAAACAGAAAAUUACAAAAUCAUCAUUUUCUCAAACCAAAAGGGAGUGAGCACCGGAAAAAUAAGCCUCCUAAAUAUAGUCAACCGGGUAGAUGACGUCAUCGAAAAAAUAGGGAUCCCCUUGGAGUGCUAUUUGGCACUAAAAAAUGACAAGUAUAGGAAGCCACGAAUUGGCAUGUACAAAUUUGCCAUGCAAAAUAAUAAAGCCAAAAUUGAUGAAAUUAUCUACGUAGGGGAUAAUGCCAACCGAAUUUACGACGACAAUUUCAAGACAAAAUUUAUUAAUCACCUCAAAAGUGUGUAUUCUCAAAACAAGGUGAGCAUAAACAUAGGCGAAAUUGCCAAGAGGUUGAAAAAGGACUACACAGACACAGAUUUGAAGUUUGCCCUGAAUAUAAAUGCCACAUUUUACACCCCCGAGGAGUUGUUCCUAAAUAUAAAAAAUAAUUUGACGGCCGAGUUUUCCUUCAACCCGUCCAGCUUGCUCAAAAAGGUAGGUGAUAAGCCAAAUGAGCAGGACGCGCAAGGAGACCUGCGCCGCUUGGUUCGACCGGAUCUGCAGUCGGGGGGGGAACAAAAUGAAGCCACCUCCCCACAAAGUGGCACACAGAAUGAAGCCUCCCCUCCACAGAACGAAGCCGCCUCUCCGCAGAACGAAGCCGCCUCUCCGCAGAACGAAACCGCCUCUCCGCAGAACGAAGCCGCCCCUCCACAAACCAAUCUGCAACACUUGGUGCUGCUCGUUGGCCCCCCGGGGUGCGGGAAAACCUCCCUUUGCAAAAACCACUUCGCAGAUUUUGCUCACAUCAAUUUAGAGGAACUGAAAACAAAAAAUAAACGCAUAGAAACGAUCAGACAGGCCAUUACUAGCGGCAAAAACGUCGUAAUGGACAACGCAAAUAUGUACGUAAAAAACAGGCUAAUAUACAUCACGGAGGCGAAAAAAAUAAACGCGAACUUAAACGUUAGCGCCAUUUUCUUUAACUACUCCAAAGAAUUAGUCUUCCACUUGAACAAUUUCAAACUGAUUGCCGAUGAUGAAAACCGAAUGCACGAAGUUCCGACCAUUGCCAUUCACUCCUUUUAUAAAUACGUGGAAGUGCCCUCCGAAAGUGAAAACCUCGACCGAGUUGUGACUCUGCAUGAUGAGCAUUUUGUGCCAUCCGAUUUUCAGAACGAGGAGCGCCGUAAGUUAUUUUUUUCGUACUUGUACUAA